GUCGCUGUCGGCGGGGUUCCAGUGACUGAAGUCUCAGCUACAGCCAAUCAUGCACCCUCUUCCUCCCUGCACAGUCCCUCUUACGCAAGCCCCUCCCCCAGAGACGCCACCCUCCAGGUGACCCAGCUUCUGUCUCGCAUGGCGUAGCGCAGAACCUCUCAAGAACCCUUCGUCAUCGUCAAUCAGGUCACACGCUCUCUUUUCUUCCUCGCAUCAAACAAACCAUACAAACAACCGUCAAUUCUUCAACUCAACCGCUUCUUCUUUCAAAGCAAGAGUUUUGAACGCUCUCUACUACGCAACAAUGUGUUCCGCCGACUUCUUCCUCGCUUUCCUCGCCAUUCUCUUCCCCCCACUGCCCGUCUGGGUAAAGUGCGGUCUCUGCAGCGCCGAUUCUCUCAUUAACAUCCUCCUCUGCUGCCUCGCAUACAUUCCCGGCCUUAUCCACGCAUGGUACAUCAUCGCCAAAUAUCCUGAGCCGCCCUACGAGUACGAGUCCUUGCCACAGGAUCGUGAGGGUAACCGCGUUACCUACGUCUACGUCCAGUGCCCGCCAGGCCCUCAUCAGCACGGCCACGGCCACCCCCAGAACCAGCAGCCCAAGCCCCAGCCUCAACCUCAGCAUGGCGGUGCUAGCAACAACAAUAACAGCAUGAACUAUGGCACUCAGAACGCUGGUGGUUCUUCUCGUCCCGCGCCCCAGCAGCAUGGCGUGACAAGCAAUGGCGAAGGUAGUUCUGAAAGCCAGGGCGUGCCACCUUCUUACGCCGACGUCGUCGCUGGAGAUCACAAGAUUCAGUCCAAGGAUUAAACGCGCAUCGCAUGUCUCUUUUACACGAUACGGAAAUAAGACACCGAGACGGCUUCGUCUAUGUCUUGAAAAUUCCAGCGACUUGUUACGAUUUUGCGCAGCCGUCCACCACAACAAGCGGGUCCUGAAGGACUUGGGUGAGAUGGCCGAGUUGGUUAUGGCGCCAGGUUAAGGUUAACCUUAACACCAAUUUCCUGGUGGAGCAAUCCUCCUGGGUUCGAGUCCCAGUCUCAUCAAUGAGUUUCAUUUUUUGCGCAUUCUCACGAUGGUCUUUUGGCUCCAAGUCUAGAGGCGAAUGGAUUAUCGUUUGCUGAAAUGGGUGCUGCUAGGCGGAACUCGACUCUAUACAGGCGCCUGCGUAUUCUCCACUUCACAAUAAUUAGGAGUUUUUUGACCUUCGGGUUUGGUUGGAUUUAGGCGGUUCUCGUACAGUGAUUCAGUAUGGGCAUUGGACAUUUCGGCUUGUUUGUGGUUAAUUAGACUUACUUGCGCAGGCGUGGGCCUCGAAGGCUUGUUCCUGGGCUGCUCUACUAAGUAUGAAGUUUUCUGGACACAGGCAGCUUAUACAGACCUAUUACAUUUUCAUUCUAUAAAAUAUCACGUAUGUGACGAAUUCUACCCAUUACUUCUCCAGUAGUUGUAUCACAUGCAUAUCAGCCUCGAAAGGUAUCACAUGUAUAAGUGGAAAGAGUAGAGGUUGCUCAGGUCUACUUAUAACCUCGUAGCCUAAUCCUGUAUGCAAAUAUAUAUUAUACACCUA